AUGGCCGGUAACAGUGUAUACAUAGUUGUGCUUGUUUAUCCCAAUUGUCGUAUGAGAAAUGGCGACAACGGGAUGACAUUUGAGUGCGAGGAUCUGAUAUUGUUUCGAACUCAGUGUGUGAAUACGUUGCCGGAUUUGAAGAGUUUGAUAUUAAGUAAGCUCGGUGGUACAACAGUGAGGGAGAUUAGAAGGGUGGGGUACAGGUUGCUGGCACCCAUGGGUAACGGAGUAUUCCGGUUUCAACUAUUCCGACUUCAAGGGGACGAGCAUGUGCGACUGAUGUUCGACAUCCAUGGGAGGAUCAUGGCGGAACAGGUAAUGGAGCUUUCCGCCGAGGUGGGAGAUAUUGGUCGUGGUAGUUCUGUACACUCGACCUAUGUACAGGAUGACCGACCUCUCGCACCACUGCCCAUUCAUGUCGCCAUUCCAGUGGAUGAGGCAGAGGAGGGCGAGGAGGGCGAGGAGGAGUCGGACGGAGAUUACGUGGCGGAUAGCGUGGACAGUGAUUCUUCCGAAGGUAGCGAUGAGGAUGAGUUUGUGCCGGAGACGUCUGCCCAGACUAUGGCGUGCCAUGUGCUACCUCCACCUCACCCAAUUUCGGCGCUAUCAGCAGUGCCAAGUCACUAUCACAGUCUGGAUUUGGGCACCAUACAUGAGAGGACUCCGUUUUCUGACACGGGUGAAGAGAAUUACAACCUAGACGACGGGCUAGAGUUUCGGGUCAGCCAUAGGUUCAAAACCCGAGAGGCAGUGCUUCAGGGUGUGAAGAACUACAGUAUUCGUAGGAGUGUUGAGUACCGGGUUAUCGAAUCGGACCGGUUAAAGUACUAUGUGCAGUGUCAUCAAGCUGAAAAUGGGUGUCAAUGGAGGCUUCGCAUGGCCCUUCGGCAGAACCUCGAAUAUUGGGAGGUUCGAAGGGUUGGUGGAGUGCACAGUUGUCUAGCACCUACCAUAUCUCAAGACCAUCCUGAUUCCGAAAUGGUACCAAUGGUGAAUUAUUGUUGUUCCGGCGAUGAUGAAAGGAGAUGGGAGUUGCUGCUUUGGCUAUUGCUGUGCAUGAUGAAGGAGAUGGCCAGGGAGAAGGAGGCAAUUCCGAAAGUGAUGCAUUGCUUUAGUUAG